AUGCCUCAACCUCUGAAACAUGUCGUCUUUGACGUUGUCGGCACUUGUGUAUCGUUCGACGAAUACUAUGAACGCAUAAAUUCAGCUCUUGGUGCAAAGCUUCGCCAAAAUACUAUAACCCCACAACACUUUGGCUUCACCUGGCAAACAGCUGCCGAAUUAGAGUUUACUUUCUUAUCGAUCUCCGGAAGUUAUAAGCCCUACAAAGAAGUCCUCCGAGGUCUCUUCUAUCGCACCUUAAGUCUCUGCGGCAUCGCUGACCCCCGGGCAUUGGCUACCGACGAGGAGCGAGAGCAAUGCAUUGAGGGCUAUAGCGCUCUGCAACUCCGGUCUGGCUGUCGCGAGACCUUCCAGCUCCUGCGGGACAAUGGAUUCACAGUAUGGUGUUUUACUACUGGUGACGUGCAGCGCGUCAGAGGCUACUUCGAACGUGCCGGCGUAGAUAUGCCACUAGAGAACUUCGUUAGUUGCGAUGUGGGAGGUAUAGCAAAACCAGCUUUGCCCGCCUACGAGACCGUGUGGAACCGACUAGGGGCAAACGAUGUGAAGUGGUUUGCUGCCGCGCACAUGUGGGAUGUUGCUGCCGCGACGAAAGUCGGAUUCCGUGGCGCGUGGAGCUCUGUGUAUGAAAAGGAAGCUUGCCUUGACGUUUUCAGUGACGCGAAACUGGAAGUCGUGGCUGGAGGUCUUGAAGAAAUGGCACGGCAGAUUGUAGAGAAGUCACAAUAA